UCAGGCUUGAUCUACGACGAGACCCGCGGUGUCCUCAAGCUCUUCCUCGAGUCCGUCAUCCGUGACUCAGUCACUUACACCGAGCACGCCAAGCGCAAGACAGUCACAUCGCUCGACGUUGUCUACGCCCUCAAGCGUCAAGGCCGCACCCUCUACGGUUUCGGCGGGUAA